AAACGUCUGUUAGCGUUGUUUGUCAAACAUCGCCAUCUUAACUUCCAAUUGUUCCUCGUUAUCGUUAUAGUCGUUAUUUCGAUCAGAAUAGGUCGAUUUUUGGGAUAAAUAAUGAUUCAACAAUAAUUUUAUUGUAAGGUUUACUAUUAAACUUUCAGAAAAGUCCAUUUUCUGUGAACUGUUUGUUUUAAAGAUACGCCGCCUGUGAAGGUGAUAAAAUUUUCACGAUGUAUACGGGCACUACAACUGAUCAGGAUAAUCGCUUUAGCGAUAAGGAAAAGAAAUUGUUGAAGCAAAUGAAAUUCAGUGAUUGCUUGAGUCAAAGGGUUGACAUGUCAAAAAUAAAAUUCGAUGUGGUCAAGCCGUGGAUUCAAGAUAAAUUGACUGAAAUUUUGAAGAUUGAUGAUGACGUAGUUGUUGAUUUUGUCUAUAAUCAACUGGACCAAAAGUUCCCAGAUCCAAGAAAAAUUCAAAUUAAUUUAACAGGCUUCUUGCAAGGAAAGAAUGCUCGUGAAUUUAUGGCUGAACUUUGGGCUCUUUUGAUAUCUGCACAGGAAAAUCCUACUGGAAUUCCAGAUUGUCUCAUAGAUUCUAGAAAGGAAGAACUUAACAAGAAAAAAGAAAAAGAAGAAAAGGAAAGAGAACGGGAAAAGGAUAGAGACAGGGAUAGAUCUGAUAAGGAAAAGAAGUAUAGAGAUAGAGACAGAUCUAGAGACCGAUCAAAAUCAAGAAGGACCAGAUCCAGGUCUAGGUCCAAAAAUUCGAGAUCUAGGUCUAGGAGAUCCAGAUCCAGGUCGAGAGGAAGAAGGAGGUCAUCCAAUGACAGGUCUAGUAAGAGGGAAAAGGAAAGAGACAAGAGCAGGGAACGUGAGAAGCAGGAACGUGAGAAGGAAAAGGAGAGAGAACGUGAGAAGAAAUCUGCCUCCAGGAGUCGCAGUAGAAGUCGAAGCCCAAGUAAAAGUCGUAGCCGUUCCAAAUCAAUGGCACCAACGGAGGAAAAGAAUGGGAACAUUAGUGGCGAGGAGAGCGCUGCAAAGGAAGACAAAGAAGAGACCAACAAUGGAACAUCCAAAACUGAAGUUCAUGCAAGUAUGUCUAAGCUACAGGCAAAGUUGAUGAAUUUGGCAGAGAACAAUGUCAAGCCAGCAUCAAGGUCAAGAAGCAGGUCCAAGAGCAAGUCGAAGAGUAAGUCUAAGUCACGAUCCAAAUCGAGAAGCAAAUCGAGAUCUUCCAGCAGAGGAGGCAAAAGAAGGAAAUCUGGAAGGUCAAGCAGUUCAGACUCCAAAACGAAGUUUGAAAUUCACAAAAAAGAAGACAGCGUACAGAAGAAAAGACACUACAGGUCUAAUAAGGAAAGUUCGGACAGCGAGCCGGAAGACAAACGAAAGCGUAGGAAAUCACUAUCUAGAUCUCCAAGGCGACGUAGGAAUAGUAGGGAACGGAGCCCCAGAAGGAAGAGGAGUGUUUCUAGGAAAAGGUCUAUGAGUAGAAGACGAUCAUUGAGUAGGAAGAGGAGCAAUUCCAGAAGACGUAGUAACUCUCGAUCUAAACGCAGCUUGAGCAAAAGACGCAGGAGUACUCCCAGACGGCCGAGUCCAAGAGGCAACAGAGGCGGUCGCAACCAGGGAGGAGGACGCAGAAGAAGCCCCAGUCCUAGAGGUGGUCGUUACGGGGGAAGAGGAGCCGCCUUCAGAAGGAGCCCGAGUCCAAGGAGGAGGAGCACAUCUCCGCCGUGGGCGAGAAGAAGGAACAGCCCCUCCAGGUGGCAAGACAGACGUGGUAGUUACAGAGACAGCCGAGAUCUUCCAAAACCAGCAUACCGUCGGUCCAGAGAACGCAGAGCAUCCAGGGAGCGGAGAGCGUCGCCAGCUAGAGAGAGAAGAUCACGAUCCAGAGGAAGACAAUCUUCUAGAGACAGAGCAAGCAACAGGAGGAGAUCACCAGUGAGAGCACAGUCCAGAGAUGAAGAAUUCGAAAAGGAGCGAGCUAAGAAGCCAAGUCCAAGUCCUGUUAGUACUGCCGACACUUCUAGGACCAAGGAACGCAGCUCAAGGGACGACAAAAGUAAGUCAUCGAAGAAGAUAGAAGAAAAGCAACAAGAUGACAAGCCCAGAAGUCAAGACCGAAAGAAAGGAAGCGAUAAGAAGAUCGAAGAAAGAAGACGCAAAACAUCAGAGAAAGAAGAAUCCGCCUCAAAAAGCAAACAGAAAAGGGAGUCCAAAUCUAGGAGUAUCAGUCCUCAAAAGGAGAAGGUCGAUUAUCCCGUUCCUCCCAAUGGUCCCCCAAGGUACUCCAGAAGUCUUUCCAGAACACCAUCUCCCUUCAUCAAGGCAGAAGAAUUCCCGCCAAAACCAACCAAACCAGUUGCAUCGAAAGAAGAGAAGAAGAAGAAAGACAAGGUGGACACUAAGUCGAAGAAGCCUGCAAAACGUGCAAAGAGCGAGAGUGACAGUAGUAGUGAUUCGGAAAGUGAUGAUCAUCGAGAGAAAAAAAAGAGAAAGAAGAAACUACGUAAGCGGGAGUCUAGUUCGAGUGAUAGUGAAGGUUCAUCCAAGCACGAAAGAGAUAGUAGCGUUGAAGUUGAAACGAAAAAGAAAGAAAAGAAAAAGAAGAGGGAUAGCAGUGAAGAAAAACCCAAAAAGAGGAGACCUAGCACUGAUUCAGAAGAUGACAAGAAAUCUAGUAAAAAGAGAAGGGCAAGAUCAAAUUCUUCAGAAAAGAAAAAGGCCAAGAGAGAUAAAGAUGAAUCUAGUGAUAGUGAUUCUCCCAGGCCAAAAAAAAAGAAAAUCGCUAGCUCCGAUGAUUCAGAAUCUGAUAGUGAAGAAGAAACCUCAAAGAAACGAAAAUUGAAAAAGAAGCCGACCAAGUCUGGUAGUGAUUCGGAAGAAGAGGUAGAAAAUAAGAAGAGAAAGAAAGACAAGAAGCACAAAAAGAAGAAGAAACAUUCGAAAAAACACAAGAAGCACAAGAAGAAGAAGGUCGAAAGUGAUGAGUCUGAUAGUGACAUGGAAGUAAUGAAUGAAGAUGAGAAGAAAUUGAGGGAGAAAGCUCUGAAAUCCAUGAAGAGGCAGAACUCGUCUGAAAAAUCUGAAUAGAUAUCAAAUGGUUUAAAUGUAAGAUUGAAUCUUGGUUUUCACUUAGAAGCUAAUGGAGAAUUCGAUGUUUUUCUGUGGAUGAUUUGGAUUUACUUCUUUUAGUGUAAAAAAAUAUAUGGGGUUAUAUUUUUGAGAAAAACUUCUCAUAGUUCAAAUAUUGUGUGUUGAAUGCUUAAAACAGUAAAAUAGUUUUUGUUUCGUUAUUCUUUGCUUUUAAUUUUUGUGUUCCAUAGAGAUAAUAAGAUAUAUAAGUUAAUAUGAAUGAUUAUUGUGGACCUGUUAAUAAACAGAAUUCGAAACCCC